GAGAGGCAGAGAGAGAGAGGAGCAGCAGGCUGUGGAGGAGCAGGUGUGAUUCAUGAAUAAACUGCUCUCUGGCACCCUGUAGGACACUGAUGAGACAAAUAGAAUUUCCCCAGCCAUGGAUAACACCAGAACAGCAGACACUUUUUCACAGUUAAGCCAGGAAAAAAUCCUCAAAAUCAUGAACAUGGUGAAAAAUAAAGAAGUGAGCAUUGAAGGAGCUCUGCAUUUGGCACAGAAGGAGGUGUGUGCUGCAAAGGAUCCCCAGGAUUUGUUAACUGGCUCCCAAUUUAACUUCAUUAUCUACAAAUACAAACACUACCGGUGGCAGAAACGGAUCCUGCAGCUGGAUUUCAGCAGCAGGACGGUUUUCAACAUCGAGAAGGGCACUAUCAGGAAGCAGUUCCCCUUCUCCCAAGUCAGAGGCUGCGAGGAUGCGGAGAGGAGGCGAUUCAGCAUCCUGUUCCACGGCAGGCAGCACUACGAGCUGGAGGCCCUGUCCCUGCAGGACAAGAGGAAGAUAAUCUACCUGCUGAGCAGAGUCAUUCAGAGCAAUUCCUACCAGAGAGCAGUGGAGUCCUGGCCUGGGAGAGCUGCAGAGUGUGAUGUGAUCCACGAAGGGCUGCUGGACCUGCAGGAGAGCACCUUAACCUCCACUGAAUGGGUGAAGUGCCUGGCAGAGCUGAGGGAAGGAGAGCUGGCCUUGUACUGCCUGGGGCUGGGGGGCAGGAGCCCUGCAGCCACAAUUGCCCUGGCAGCUGGGAGCCUGGGGGUCAGCAGGGACAGUGCCUGCAGCACCUUCUCCCUGCACACCAGAGACCACCACUACCUGCUGCGGGUCCCGCUCAGUGUGCAGAGCAGCAGGCCAGAGGAGGCUGGCAGGCAGCAGAGGGACUGGCUGUCCCUGCUGGAAAGGCACUGCCAGCCCGGCAGCGCUGGAUCUCCAGGAUGCAGCUCCCCCGAAGCUGAUUACGAGGAAUUUGUGGUGCCUCUGAGUGAGCAGAGAGAGGAGACUCCCCCCUUUGGUGGGAGCUCAGCAAGGAGCAGCCUGAGCAAGCCUGCAGAGGGGCAGGCAGCCCCAGCAGCAGCUGUGCCACCUGCCAGGGGCAGGGCUGAGGUGCCACCAGCCCCACCUGCCCUCCCGCAGCCCGGCAGUGUCCCUCCAGCAGCCAGGAGAACCAAAGCCUUUCACUGGGAUCUCGUUCCUUGUGACAAGAUCCAAAAAUCGGUCUGGGGAUCGUGUGACCCGUGCAAGAGAAAAAUAGAUGCGUGCAGGCUGUGUGAGCAGUUCCAGAUCCAGGACACAGCAGUGCCUUUGGGCCCUGAGGCUGCGGUGAAUCAGCACAUCCUGCUGGACAGAAAAGUCGCACACAACUUCAACAUUUUUCUCAAAAGUUUCCGUGUAAAACCAAGUGAGCUGAAGGACAAACUCUUCAUCAUCCACGAGGAGAGUGGGGGGCUGACAGAUGAGCAGAUUUCAGCACUGAGAAGAUAUUUGCCCACAGCCAAAGAUGCAGAAAGGUACCUGUCCUUCCAGGGGCCUUGCUCAGAGCUGCACGUGGUUGACCAGUUCAUGCUGGAGAUGUGUAAGAUCCCCCAGCUGGGCCAGAGGCUGGAUCUGCUGCUGAGCGUCCGUGAGCUCCCUGAGAGCAUCAGAGACCUGGAGCCUCUGAUCACCCAGAACAUCCAGGCCAGCAAGCAGCUGCAGGCCAGCCCAAAGUUUGUGGCUGUCCUGGAGUACAUUUUAGCCAUGGGGAACCACCUGAAUGAACAAGCUGGGAAAGAGGUGGCCAAAGGAUUCCGACUGUCAUCCCUGCCCAAACUCUCCCUGCUGAGGGGCAGGGACAGGACCUUCACCCUCCUCCACGCCCUGGUGGAGCAGAUCCUCUCCCACCAGCCCGAGCUGGCCACCUUCCCCCAGGAGCUGACAGAGUUUGAAGCUGUUCCUGAUGCGUCCAUGAAGGGCCUCAGUGCUGAAGUUGAUGUUUUAAAAAAAGAGCUGGAGAACCUUGCCCAGUGCAGGAGGCUCCUCAAGCCCAAAGCGAGCAAGGCAACGCCCCAGGAGUCCCAGUUCUGCAAGGAGCUGAAGGAUUUGAUUCAGAAAUAUGAAGGGGAUCUCUCCCAGCUGUCCAAACGAUGUGAGGAAAUGAAGAAGCUUUAUAGCAACGUGCUGGUGAGGUUUGGGGAGCCGGCAGACCUGGACUCCCAGGAGCUCUUUGGGUGGAUCUCCUCCUUCAUCUGCGACUUCAGGAGGGCGUGUGCUGAGCUCACCCCCUGAGAACACACCUUCCAUGGGGAGGGGAGGCAAGGAGGAGCCCAGGAAACUCUUUUUAAUUGGUUUUUUUCUUUACUGACAAGCAGCACCACCCAAUCCCACCUGUGCUGCAGAGCACCUUGGUUUUGAGAGACAUUCCGCUUCAAAUGUGUAAUUUCGUGUGGUAUUUCACCUGGAAUAUCCCAGAUCACUGAUGAGCCUCUCAGUUUUGUGCUUUUGUACCUCGAGAUUCCCAUAGAUUGAAAAAAAAAAACCACUUUGGACUUUUUAUAAUUUCUCUUUUCAGUCUUUUCCUUUCCUUACCCCGACUCCUGACCCAGUUUUCAUUAUUAAUUUCAUGAGUAACUUUCUGUAUGGUGAUCUAAUUAUCUAAUUUCUAAAGAAUACUUCAGACAUUUUAUAAUGAAAUGGGGAGCUGUUACCCACAGAGGAGAAUAUUUAAACAAAGUCUUGUUUAUUUUGCUAUUAAAACAUUGCAAACUUGCUAUGAAAUGAAGAAAGUAUCUUGCUGAGUGUUUUAUUUUGUCCCCACUAAGCAGGAUGAAAAUAUUAGCACUUUUUCUGGCAAAUGUCAUGUGUUUGCCACAAAUGUUACAGAAAUUAAUCAAUAUAUAAGAUUUGCAUUGCAGGGAGAGAAAAUUGUCAUAGCAGCAAAAUAAAAAUCUGUCAGGAAGCAUCUAAGGAAUGGAUAAGGGAGGGAAUGAUCCAAGGUUUUCAAAAGAGGAAAUAUUUCUGUUGUGUUUGUUGGCUUUUACAUGUUUUUAAUUAGAAUAAUUAGCUGGAGCUCAAUGAGUGGGAGGAAAAGGACAAAGAGUUGCAAAGACAGAACUGUGUGUUUAGCAUGAAAAGCAGAAAACAGUUGUAAAAGGGCAUUGCUAAAAUCUGGCAUUUUCCCUCCCAGGUUUGCAAACAGUGUGAGCUGAGGGAAAAGUGAAUCUGAUUUAUUUUAGGAGAGUGAUCUGAUUUAUUUUGGGUCUUUCUGCCCGGUGUUUGGGCUUUGAUGGAAAGGCUGAACACUCUCCCUGACCUUAGCACUGAGAGGAGCUGGGGCUGACCCCUCUGAGCCAUCUCUGAGCUGGGACUGACCCUUCCUAAACUGGGACUGAACCCUUCU